AUGGCCUCUCCCUUGGAAAAACUGCCUUCGUUGAUAGAUUCCUCCUUUGUGAAAGCUGGCCGUUCAAUUUGGCUUCGUGAUGGGGCAGCCAACAAUAACACUGAGCCCACUAAGGCAGCCAUCACAGCUUCGUCUCGCCUUACAAUCGUGAUUCUAUUCUGGAUGGACGCACAACUUCGUCAUGCAAGCAAAUACAUCUCGGAAUAUACCAAAAUUGUACCCAACGCACGGAUUGUGUUUGUCCUCACAUCUUCCUCCGACCUAUUCCUGAACACCUCCGAGGCUUCUCAGGCACGUCGAGUUCAGCCAGUGGUUGAUGUCUUGCUGUCCUCAACGGCCUCUUCUUCUUCCCCUGGGCCGUCUUCCGAUGAUCGAAUACACCUCCAUCUCUUCUCAAACGGUGGCUGUGUCACUCUCCGAAGCAUCGCCGUAGCUUAUGAAAAAGCAACGAAGAAGCCGCUGCCGUUAACAUCACUCAUCAUGGACAGCUGCCCCGGAAAGUCCACGUUAUCCGGAGCCCAUAGAGCAGUCUCAUACGGACUUCCAAAGUCAUUUAUCCCUCGAUUCUUUGCGGGAAUGGCCGUCUACAUUGCUUUAUUAUGGGGAUUUGGCUACUGUCGUCUGUUCGGAGUAGAGUUACCUACUGAGCUUGCCUGGAAGGCGUCGGUUGAUCCCAAACUAAUCGAUAGCCUGGUGAAACGAUGUUAUAUAUAUUCCGAGAUGGACGAUUUGAUCUCGUGGAGAGAUGUUGAGGAACACUCGCUUGAAGCAGAAGGUAGAGGCUUUCAUGUAUCAAGAGAAAAAUUCCUGGGAUCGCCUCACGUUGGGCAUAUGAGACUUGAUCCUUCACGUUAUUGGGAAAUAAUCUCAUACUAUUUAAAAAUUGCGGCUGAAUAA